AUGCGGAUCGGCGGGGUGGACUACCCCUGCUGCCCCUUCAACGGCUGGUUCGUCGACCUGGAGAUCGCCCGGAACCUGGUUGAGCGCUACGGCGUGGGCCCAGAGGUUGCCAAGAUCUGCGGCUUCGACACCAGCUCGAAUUCCUCUGGCUGGCGCGCCAUGGUUCUGCAGAAGAUGAGCGCCGCGGUGACCCACUCGUUCCAGAAGUCGCGGUUCAGCAUCGUGGACCAUUACACUUGCUCCCAGCAGUUCUUGACCCACGUGGACAGGGAGAAGCAGUGCGGGCGAGAGGUGCCUGCACAGUGGAGCUGGAUCGGAGGCUUCCUCGGCGUGCAUUGCCCGGCGUGGCAUUACGAGAUGCGCGACUUCUACCUCCGCCCACAGUUCCACUACCACUGCGACAGGUGGGUAGUGGAGGACGCGUCGGGCCUGGAGGGCUCCAAACUGACCAAGAGCCACAAGUCGCUCCAGGACCGCCCCCUCCAGGACGACCCCCGCAAGAUUUUGAUUCUCUACGCCAGCACCACGGGCACCGCAGAGCAGUUUGCCAGAAACAUGGCCAAGGAGCUCGGCUUGGCCUACGGGCCGCGGGUCAUGGAGUUAAACGCUCUGGACGAGAAGAUGGUCCAGAGGUUCACCCACAUCGUCUGCUUCAUCGCGACCUUCAACGACGGCGCCGCCCCACAUAACGGCUCCGCCUUCCCGGACGUCCUGCCUUUCCCGCUGCUAAGCAAGAAGACCGGGCAGCCAAUCAGGUGCGCAGUGAUGGCGUUGGGCAGCACCAUGUACCCCGGCUUCUGCGCCUUCGGCAAGAAGGUGAGCAAGACGCUGGAGGCAGCGGGGGCCGCGUGCUUCGUCCCCACGGUGCUGGCGGACGAGUGCAAAGACCAAGCGGCGGAUUUCCAGAAGUUCCUGCGCGCCCUCCGCGUCGAGCUAGAGCCGCGCCAAGCGCUGGCGGGCACGGUCGAGUCCUGCCUCGCCGUCAGGCUCGGGGAGCCGCGCGUUGGCAUUGCGGAGGCCUCUGAGCCUGGCGAGGUGAGGGCCCACAAGCGGGCGGAGGUGGUGGAGUCCACGCCGCUGCUGGCAAACACUUCGGAGUGGCGGUCUACGCGGCGCAUUCGCAUCGACAUCUAG